AUGAUGAGGUGGAAGAACUGAUGAUUUGCAAGCUAUCUAGUAUACCAUCACAACAGCAUAUGUUGGGUCUUCUACAUACUUUUAUUAACUCACACCUGGCUAAGGUUCUUGUGCUUGUAAUCAAUGUUCAAGAAGUUAAGAAAGAGGUAGUAAACCACAUCCGUACUAUGAUAGACGAAGAGGAAGUUGCAUCCGUUGAAAACAGUGGAAGACCAAAACUAUUUGUUCUUCUGCUUCAUUACCCACCAUCCAGCUUUGGAAGAGAAUGUUAUCCAUCGUUAUUUCUGAAGGGCUGGGACCACUACUAUCUUGAUACUAUAGGCCACGAAAGGAUGGGCAGUCUUGAUAUUCGGAAGUGGCUUAAGGAUUGCUACUUUCCCCAGGAUGCAUGUUCCCCUUCCAGUACACAUUUUAUUCUUACCACUCUUAAUGACACUCUGGAGGAAACUAUUCCAAUUUUAAUAUCACGGGUACAUUUUGGGUGUGUCCAGGAAGGUGUGUUUAACAACAAAAUGAAUGUAUCAAAGCGUACAAAGCUCUUGAGAGAACUCUUUUUUCAGAUGGGUUUAGGUAAUACUCUCUGUGAGGUUUUCAGUUCCUACUGGAAGCCAAAUGUAAUGUCCAAAUACCUUAAAGACGCUGCAAUUGUUGCGAAGACACAAGAUUCAACACUUAAUAUAACAGACUCUAUCCAUACCACUUUUAAGAAUUUGUUCUUCGAUUUUCUGGUAUACAUGGUCACUCGAAUUAAUAUAAAUGGCAAUAUCGAUGUGCUUUUUCAGAAAGGUUUUUCGGAAACUCAAGUGAUUUUCCCCAGGCUUCAAGAGCUCUUCCUGGAGAUUGUAAAAUUACUUCCAAUCCCACAGCUGUCAGAUUUAAAAAGGCAUAGUUUUCAUUUCCAGGUCGGAAAGAAAGACAGCUACCUUCCCCAUUUUCCUUUCUUUAAGCAAGUUUCUAAGGAGAUGAAAAAAGUGGUGGAGGACAGCCAAGUGAAGGUCAACACUAACCGUUUUGGGGAUUUAGAAACUGACAGCGCGUCAUCUUGCAAUGCUGACCAGCAGCUCUACUUUGAUGAGCUUCAAAAGGUUGUUUUACAAGAAAUCCAGGAAUUGAUAUCUAAAAAAGAAUACAGAGGUUUUCUUGGCCCGUCACUGAAGGCCCUGAAGGAGAUCCCCGAACUAUGGAAAUAUUACUUUAAAGAUUUUACUGUGCAAAAUUUGCACUUAGAAACCUCUGAUGGAAUAAGCGAGAAAAUGCUGGAUAUAAUUUUUCUUCAGUACCACAAGGACAUGACAGUUCUAAAAAAGUUUGUACACCUCCAUGUAUUCAUGACUCUAUACCAUCCUGAACUGGCCAGAACAACUACAAUCCUGCGGUCUCUGGAUCGGAUUCAACGAAUUUCCAUGUCAGUCCACUACAUCCAUACUCCAUCCCCUACAGACACAUUCAUGGCUGCAGUCCAAGAAAGACAUGGCCAGGAAACUCCUCAAGAUCUCUCAAAAUUUGUAAUUGACCACUUUUUCAAUAUCCUUGCUGCUGCUGCAGCAUGCAUGCCCUCAAGCUCCCAGGAGCAAGUUGACGAAAACAACAUGUUGCUGUGGUAUGAGGGAUACAGAGAUCUGAUGUGUCUUCCUGACCUGAAGAAGUGUUUGUACAGUGUGUUUGACCAGAGUAAACACUCAACUAUGGUUGUAGUGGAGGCGAGGUUUAACGUGAUGCAUACUGUUUUCCUUAUGAUACAGUCUGGUUUUUCUCAUCCUGAGCAAUCACGGUCUUCCCUCAUUUGUCCUCAAAAAGUAUUUCACAGACUCUUUAAUGAUUAUUUCAUGAGUAGCAUGGAGUUAAAGGCUGGUUGUCCUAGACUUGGGAAUGUGGCUAUAGUGGUAAAGAAUCUAUCACCACAGUCUGAGGGGAACAUACCAAGAUACAACUUCUGAUGGAGGGUCUCUUUUCCCACUUUUUCUCGGUUUAUCGACCAAAAUACCAUUUAGAGGAUGUGCAAUGGUUUCUGGAACUGGCCAAUCACCAAUACAACUGGUGCACACAAUUUGGGGACAUCUUGGAGAAAACACCGAUGAAUGGAGCUCAAAGAAACAUUUUUGAAUGGGUGCUCCAGGGUUCUAUCACUCUUUCUAUAUUCAAGAUGUCCCUUUCACAAAUCUUAGGAAAGUGUAAUAAAAAUGACUCAUCGAACCCCCUUGCUCUUCAUGAAAAUUUCCCAAGGAUUGAGGUUGGAAAAGUGAUCAUGAGAAUGCCUGACCUUGGAGAACCUACCCACUAUAUCCCGACCUUCUACCACAUUUGUCGUUUGAAACCAGCUGCCAUCCUCAAGUCGAAUGCAGCAACCUUUGGCACAUCUCUACUUUCUCACAGUGUUUGAGCAUCUUCUGAAUCGAGAACAAAGUUUUCCGAGUUUAGUCCGUGUUUCUAAAAAGCUGUCCAAUGACUGCUGCUCUGGAGUAGCAGAGUCCAACCAAGUUGUACUGCAGAUUGAACUUCAAGCUGCACUUCAAGUUAUUACAAAGAGGAUUGCAGUUAUUGUGCAAACUUCAGAGAUUUGCACCCUUACAGACAGUAUUAAUGAUGUAAAUCAACUGUUCAAUAACAGUAAUCUUCUUGGUCAUGGAAUGGUAGUAGCUCUUCAUCUGCAUAAGUGCUUAAAAAGCUCAAGAAAGUUUGUUGAACUAAUGACUUCCAAGUAUGAUGCAAGAUGCAAUGCCAUAACUUGCCUACAGUCCAUCCAUGAUCGACUUAAGGAAAAAUCUGCCAGGCGUAACUUUCACCUGUUACCCUUUAUGCUGCCAACUGAGGGGAGCAAACUUAGCAUACUCUACCGGAGGACAAAAAUGGCACUUUUGAGAAUUCAUGAUGGAAAACCUAAUGCAGAAAAGGAGCUUGAAAGUAUAACCAAGGAACGCAAGGUACCCAUUCAUAUGGCAGGUGCCGUUAAUGACUGCAGUUUCAAGAUGAUGGUGUGGCUUACCAUCUACUAUGAGUUCUUUGAUAAGAAGAGAGUAUCUCCUACUCUUUGUAAAAUAAUUGGAGAAGACAGUUUCUGUCAGCUGGCCAAUUUAAGAGUGCACGAAGUCAGAUUGUUCAAGAGUUUCCUAGACACAAGCAACUUAAUCUCUGAGCCUGAGGAACCAGACCCUCUUCGUCAUGAUGAAGAAGUUCUCGAACUACUCCCAAAUGGUAGACACCGACGCAAAAGCAGAACAGCCACAUCAAACAUGGUAGACCCUCUUUACGAACUCUUUUUACCACCUCCAUCAAGUCCCAUAGAUCAGUCAGAUGAAGACCUGAGAUAUGCUCUGGCCAACUUGGUGGCUGUAGUCCUUGGAUGCCAGCCACAGUCUAAUCAUCUCUGGUUCCACCUCUUUCGCCAGCAACCUUUGUGGAACACCUAUCUUACUGGAUUUAUGUAUAGAAACAAAAUAAAGGAUGGCCUUCUCUAUGACUGUGGUGUGGUGCUUACCCCUGAGGGGGAAUUUGGCAGACCAGAUUACCUUCCGCAUGCAAAUCGUGGGACAUACACCCUUCAUUCUCUCUACCUAAUGCUGUUUGUUAAUUUUGGGUCGUUUUGUAUUGCAAUGCUAACGCAACCCGAUGCCCAGAAGAAUAUACACGGGUCAAUAAUAUCUGAUUGGCUAUCGGUCCGUCACUACUGUGUAUCACAACUGCGUAGCCUCUGGUUGCACAUAAGAAACAAUCUCGGUGUAUCAGAGGAGGAGCGAUCCUUUCUUAUCAUGAAAUGUAUGAAGAGAUUCUACGAGGCAUUCAGCAACGACAGAAGUUCAGAGCUCCCUGGAGGAGUGCUAUCUACAAUUGAGCAGCUUGACGCGUAUGAAAAAUUUUGGCACUUGAAUAUUUACACACCUUCACGUGAGGAGUUGAUUGAACAGUUUACUCAAAUACAGCACACUGUUUUUACUGACAUAAGGAAUUUAGAGUUGGAGUACCCCUGCUACCCAACUGAAAAGGACUUGACUCAUAGUCUGCUUACCUUUCAAGAUACUGGCACCGAAGAUAUUACCUUUAUAUCCCAGUUUACUCUGCAGUGGCAGAGACUACAGGCAGGUGGAAAACUCUUGCCUGACCUUCUGGAGUUCUAUCAGUGGCUUCAUAGCGAGCUUGCCCAUGUUAUAAGUUAUCAGAGGGCCUGUGAAGUGACAAUUGGUUACAUCAUUGAAAGAGUUACACGGAAGUACUCAACAGACAUGAAAAAUCAUUGGAAGCAGCUUUUUGCCAGGGUUAAAGAGGGCUACAACGAGUAUGUUGAGCUGAUUGGAAGAUCAAUAGGCAUUGGUGCAUGUGCAGCAGUGCAACGAGGAAAUGCUAUAUACACUAUUGAAGAUCACACCCCACUUCUUCACUUCCUUUCAGAUGGUGAGGAUGAAGCAGGGAAUGACUGGCUGUUUAUCGUCAUAGCUGACAUUAUUACUGCUCAUAAUGCAAUGCUUGAUCUCCCCAGGCAACUGGCCUCACAACCUUUUAUCAGGCUGUUGCCCAACAAGCAGACGGAGGCAUUUCCAAAUGAAAUCACUGCAACACACUCCAUUGUCCCUCAGUCUGAGAACCCUCAUGGAAUUACUGAACUCCUCCAGCUUAUUCGUAGCCGACAGAGAAGCGUGUUUCAUCCACAACCAUCUUCCACGUCUGUACUUCAGGAUGUCACAAUGCCAAAUUCAUUUUCUUCCACUGUCCCCCUCUUCCACUUGGCUAUGCUGCAGGAGGACAUAAUUACCCGUUUUAUUGCUGGCAAACCCUUUAUUCGUGACCUCUCUACUCUGCGCACACCAUUUCAGUUUAAAAUGUCAGCACCUAAGCAUCAACUCUACAAAAGAUCUGUUAUCAGUUCAGAUGAACUAGCCUACAUGAAAACGAGUCUUGGAGAGCUCACAGAAAACAUGGAUGAAGGACUUCUUAAGCAUCUGGAGUUGGUCUUUCAUGCUGCUGGCUACCAUACCAUUCUUUACACCACCACUGGCCUCAAAACAGUUGCAGGUUAUCUGGUGAAGCCUGUAGGUGAUGUUGGAGGAGCUUUCAACAAUACAUGGACAUUUCGUGAAUAUCUACAGUCCUUGUAUGAUGGUCAUCGCUCUGUCACAGAAGCCCUAAGUGAAAUCGGCAUGCGCCAGCUUACAGAAAGUCAGGUAACAUGCCUAUUGGAUAUACCACUGGCAAAUCUCUACCACUGUCUGGAAGUUUUCUCCAACUGGAUGGAAAAAUGUGUGUAUGACUUCUCUAGUUUGCCGUAUACAUUGAAAUCACAUCUGGAGCCAAGUGAUUUAUCUACUCUCAAAGCCUUACCACUAACUUGGAAAGAACCAAUGACUGAACUGCUGAACGAGGCCAAUGCAUUAAAUGAGCAGUUGUCCCGCGCAGAGGUGUCGAUAACAAACCAGAAUACUGGCCAGAGUAUCAUUGCCUACCUCAAAGAACUGAAUGUUAUUUGUAAUGAUGAUCAACUACCAAACUACAUACCUAACACUAUCCUCAUUCGGCAUUAUGUUCAAUUAAGAAUUGUCCUCCGAGAGAUAUUAAGGGAGGUGCAGCAGAAAAUUGACCAGGAGGUUGAAGAGAACGGUACUUCUGAGUGGGAUUCUCAGCAGUGGGACGACAGAGUAGAAGAUAUAUGGGAGAAGCAUUUACCCAAAUUUAGGGGAUUGCAGUACACUGAGGACGGACCUUUUCUCUACGAUGCUGCUAAAGGCCGCUAUCAGUAUGAAAUUGAAAGUGAAGAAGAUGAAUUAAUCGAUUCAAAGGAAAUGGGUGACAUUGAAGAAGAGGAGGGAGGGGUUGGAGGAGCGAAUGGAAAUCAGAUGAGAAGCAGGAUUGAACUGAAGGAGGGAGAAACCUGUGAAAGUGUGGUCGUAGGAGGGGGUGAGGGUGAAACAGAAAGUGUGAAUGGAAGUCAGAAGGAGAAUGAGAAAGCAGGUCAGCAAAUGGCUGCUAAAGCCACACCAGAACAAGUUGCAGAAUUUAUUACAACCAUUGGUUUCGGGCAGUACGCGAAGUUUUUCCUUGAUGAUGAAAUGGAUGGGGAGAUGAUGCUGGAUGCUAAAGAUAGUGAUUUGCCUGACCAGGUUGACUCCAGACUGCACCAAGUGAAAAUCAUUGCACUUUUCAGAAGUACAUUUACUGGAACCAAGAAGACAAGCCUGUCAGUUGAUGACGUUGGGUGUUUUCUGAAAGCAGAGAAGUUGGAUAAGUUUGUAGAUAUUUUUAAAGAUAAUGCGAUAGAUGGUGACAUCUUGGAAGCUAUACUCGAGAGAAGCGAUGUAGUCGACGGCACUGGUGGGAUGACCAGUAGCUGAUCUCAUCCUAAAGGAUGAUCUUGGGAUACAAAAAGGACCACACCGGCUGAAGAUCAAGACCAAGUUUAAAAGAUUUCGUGAAUCUCUUGCUGACAUUCCUAACACAACGUAACAUAGCUACCAGUACAACGUAAAUACAUUAACUUUGCUGAGAGAAUAAUAGUUAAGCUAAUAUGCAUAAAUUACAACCUUUAUAUAUAGUUUUCUAAUUUUGUAGCUACAUUUCCUAUAAUUAUAUUUCCUAUACAAUCUCACUUAUUAUGUGACCACACUGUGCUAAACAGAAUGG